ACGCGGGGUGUGUUUUGUUUUUCAUUUGUUUCUCUAGUGGUGUUUAUAAAUUAAAUCCCAAUCAAAUUCCAUUUUAAUUUAGACUUAAAAGUGAAUAGUUGAUUGGGGCCUCUUCACAACACAUAACAGUGCACAUCCGGCAGCAAAAAAUAAACAGAAUGGUGAACGAAGCUUGUGACGUUACGCUUCGGCAAAACAACGACGCCUCUGCCGCCGAUGAGACUGCUACCUACAAUAGGAUUUUCUCUGGGGCGCUUAGAUCCAAAACAAACGCUGAACGUAGCGGAUCAGUGGAAUACACCUCCACACCAAAGCGGUCGAAUUGCGUUUUGGAUACGAAGGAAAAAGGGCAGGUGGGCGUAUUGGCGACCUUCGAUCCACGAGUCAAAGAAGUGGCCCUUCUGUUUGGAUUUCUAAUUAUUGGAUACAAAAGCAUCAUCUUAGCCAUGCCUCUCAUCAGCACUGAUUCCGUGCAGGAGUGGAACCAACAGGUGCUGAGCCAUUGGAACGCUACCUUGGAAUGGUCAACACAGCACCAGCUGGGCUCCAAGCUGAGUCCAUUUCUGUGUGGCUUUUUAGUGGCCAUCUUCGCGUACGGCAUUGUUUACUUGGACAGCGUAGUGCCUGGGGUGAAUCCACCUUCGCCCUUCACUCCUCGCUCCAAGAAGCGACACCACGAUGAGAAGAACUCUUCACUGCACUUGAGCUACUUGUGUGCGCUGCUGUGUGGUGCCCUGGUCACUGUCUUUAUGUAUUUCGAUUUAUAUUCUUCGUAGAUUCAGGGCACAAGGCAUAACCCUUCCACGUAGUCCAAUAAGUACAACAGUAUUAGAGCUUAUAUAUCAUUGGAUUUGUAUUUAAUGUAUUUGUAACUGAAGUCCUUGUAACUGUGCAAUGCUCCUAGAGAGUUGGAUGAGUCUGAGAAGCUAGUUGGGAAUCAUCAAUGGGGCAUUUUUGGAAUUUAACUUAGUUCCUAGGUAUCUAAAUUAUACCUAAUAAGUACUAACUUUAUAUACAUAUUAAUCAUAAAGUACAAAGUGAAACAUUUCAAUUAGAGCUAGGCCAGGAUAUGUGAGAAAUAUAUUUAUAUGCGUGUUGAAAUAUCGCUUCCUGGUCUACGACUCAUGAGAGAACCUUAAUUAAAAAUUAAUAUUAUAGUACAAAUAUUA